ACCAUGCUCUUCCGAACAACGACAGCAGCCGCAAGAACCGCAGUAGCAGCAGCAGCAGCAAGAACAGCAACAACGAGAACAACGGCAAUGCGACCCCCCUUCCCCUCGCGGUUGCGGCAGCACCGUUCGUACACCAUCCCCGUCGUGCUGGAGAGCGGGGCCACCGGGGAGCGGUCCUUCGACAUCUAUUCCCGGCUGCUCCGGGAGCGCAUCGUCUGCGUCCACGGCGAGGUCACGGACCAGAUGGCCUCGGUGGUGACGGCCCAGCUCCUCUUUCUGGAGGCGGAGGACCCCGACUCGCCCCUCUACAUGUACAUCAACAGCCCGGGGGGGAGCGUCACCGCCGGGAUGGCCAUGUACGACACGAUGCAGUACAUCCGGCCCAAGGUCCACACCAUCGCCAUGGGCCAGGCCGCCUCGAUGGGCUCCCUCCUCCUGGCCGGCGGGUCCAGGGGCUGCCGCUGCGCCCUUCCCAACGCCACCAUCAUGCUGCACCAGCCCAGCGGGGGGGCCCAGGGGAUGGCCUCGGACAUUCAGAUCCGGGCCCAGGAACUCCUGCGGCUGCGGUCCCGUCUCAACGACCUCUACGUCUACCACACGGCCAAGGGGAGGGACCACCGGCGGAAGCAGCAGCAGCAGGACCCCGACGCCGGCGCCGCCCCCGUCGGGACCACCGAUCCGGUCGAGCUCCUCAAGGAGGUCGAGGCCGUCAUGGACCGCGACACCUUCAUGACGGCGGACCAGGCGAGGGACUUUGGGAUCGUGGACGAGAUCCUGAUCAAGCGGGAACGGAACGAGGACGACGASGAGGAGGASGACGACGAGCCACCGAUCCGAUAGGUGCAGCGGGCAGCGGGACCGAAAAAAGAGCGCGGUGCACCGGUGGGCGAGGGCCGAGAGGUUCCCUUUUUUUGGGGGGGCACACAAACCUGCGUAGCGAAUCAUAACCUAGUACAGUAAAAACUACAAGCAUAC